AUGCAACAGCUGAAGUCCAAAGAAUAUCUACAGCCACAAAAGCCAAAGGGCCACAGGGAGGAGCAGCAUAAUGAUGCACCGCUAGAGAGCACGAAUACCAUGCAUCAUGCGUUGUCACCGUUUAUGAUGAUCUCAAAUUUACUGGCAACGUUGCCUGUUAGUGGCGCAUCGUCCAUAUCAAAUGUCGAACACGUCCACUUCAGCUGGUUCACGCCAAUUUCACUUCUCUCCCUUUUGAUGAUAUGCUUUUCGCUCAUGGAUGUGGUGCUAUCGACGAAGGUUGUAUUGAAGUUGGGCUUGAAAUUGUAUACAGUUGGUCCUUUCAGUUUCAGCAUCAUAUCGGUUUUGAGUGUGAGUAGCUUUUUACAACUCGCUCGUAAAUGGCCAAAUCUGAUAAAACACAUGCAUCGCAGCGAGCAGGUAUUUUUACAUAAGCCCUAUGGCAAUGGAGAAUCGCAAAAUUUCAGUCGCAAUGUGAGGAGGUUUGGCGCAAUUUUAUUGCUUGGUGCUGCGGUGGAACACUCGGUGUACAUUGGAACUGCGAUUUACAAUAACGAUUUCCAAAUCAAGAAAUGCAACCUAAAGGUGGAUUUUUGGAAAAACUACUUCAUGCGGGAGCGUUUGCAGAUAUUUUCGAUAUUUAGUUAUCAAGUUUGGUUAAUACCCUUAGUGGAGUGGAUUACAAUAUCGUCUACUUUUGCCUGGAACUAUGUGGAUAUAUUUCUAAGCAUGAUUUUUCGCUGCUUUGCGAUACGUUUUCGACAGAUGCAUUGGAGAAUUAAGACACAUGUGAAAGAGCAUAUGGACGAGGACUUCUGGAGGGAGGUGCGUAAUGACUUUAUGUCUCUUGUCGAUUUGUUGCGUCUGUACGAUGAUGGAUUGUCUAUGUUGAUACUCGUGUCGUGUUGCAAUAAUUUGUACUUCAUAUGCGUACAAAUAUUUCACAGUUUCAACAAUCGAGACAACUUUAUGAAAGAGUUUUACUUUUGGUUCUCAUUAAUUUUCGUGUUGGUACGCAUCCUAACAAUGAUGAUUUCAGCUGAUGCGGUGUAUGAUGAAGCGAAUCAAAUAAUGUCGACGAUGUAUGAAAUACCGACACGAUUCUGGAGCCUAGAACUCAAACGUUUAAAUGAAAUCAUCAUACACGAUUUGAUUGCUUUUAGUGGUAAGAAUUUUUUCUUUCUGACGCGUCGACUCAUAUUCGGGAUGGCUGGCACUAUUAUUGUGUACGAAUUGGUGCUUAUCGAUCAGGUGGAGGAUAAGGAUGUGGUUACAGAUUUUUGUACAUCCCGUAAUGUUUGA